GCGUUGAUAACGUCCUAACCUUCACUGAGCUUGAUACUGCGAUCUAUCAGCUCCCACAACUUGUCCCUGCUUUCUUGUACAAAUUUUGGAACCACAGAAACCUUGGUUGGGGAGAUGAGGCCUCACUGCAGAGGGCAUUGAAUAUGGUUCACAAGAGUACUCAUGACAAUGUUGCUGUGCUCUUCUAUGCGUCUUGGUGCCCAUUCUCUGGGACUUUCAAACCAAGCUUCUCCAUCAUGUCUUCCUUGUAUCCUUCCAUCCCCCAUUUGACAGUUGAAGAAUCAGUCAUAAGACCGAGCAUUCUAUCAAAAUACGGAGUCCAUGGGUUUCCUACACUUUUCCUUUUAAAUUCUACUAUGCGUGUGCGCUACCAUGGCUCCCGAAGCCUUGGCUCUCUCAUCGCGUUCUAUGGUGAUGUUACUGGUAUUGACACGGCAUCGGUGGAUGGAACAUCCCUUGAUCAAAUUGGACAUUCAUCGGAUCAUGAUAAACAUGAUGAUAGUGAGCAGGAAACCUGUCCAUUCUCGUGGGCUAGAUCUCCCGAGAAUUUACUUCGGCAGGAGACAUAUUUGAUCUUGGCAACCAUAUUUGUAUUGCUGAGGCUGUUUUAUUUCAUUUUCCCUUCGCUUCAUAUAUUUACUCAAUUUGCUUGGAGAAGGUACAGUGUGUAUGUAAGCUUGAGGAGCUUGUGGGAGCAUCCUCAGGCCUACCUGAAUCGAGCAAUACAGCUAUUCAAUUCCCUAAAGGAGCCUUGCAAGAGAAGCAAUUUACAGGAAGGGGCCAAGAACGCAAAGGCAUGGGCUUCCAAGUCUUUAGCUUCAGUUUCAUUUGGGGAUGCGAGCACCAGCCCUGUUGUUCCAUAG